CGCCACUCGCGGCACUCGCGUAGCGCUACAUCAGUGAAGUGUCAGUGAGUUAUAUAUGAUCCUGAUGAGAGAUGUUAUGAAAGAUCCUGAUUUACUGACAGAUAUUCCAAAGCUGUCGAAUGACUCGCCCGAGAUGGAUCUCAGCGUUCAUCCGGAGAGACAAAGAUUUCCUUUCUGCAUCGUUUGGACCCCGUUGCCUAUCCUAACAUACAUUCUGCCUUUUAUUGGACACAUGGGCAUCGCGACGUCAGCCGGAGUAAUAAGGGACUUUGCUGGCCAUUACCAUGUUUCUGAAGACAACAUGGCAUUUGGUAAACCUACCAAAUAUUGGCAAUUGGAUUAUACCAAAGCCAAGGGAGGCAUACAAGGAUGGGAUGCCGGCGUAGCAGAAGCUAGCGAAAUUUACAAAGCUAGAAUGCACAAUUUAUGCUGCGACAAUUGUCACUCGCAUGUGGCAACAGCUUUGAACUUGAUGUCGUAUGGCGACUCGAGCAGUUGGAACAUGGUAAAACUUGCGUUGCUCAUGUUACUUCACGGAAAGUAUGUCAGUAUUCUGGGCUUUCUUAAGACCUGGUUGCCGUUCUGCAUACUUGUCACAAUUAUACUAGUGUUAACUUUAUGUUUACAUUAAUUACAUAUAUAUUUAUACUGGGCUGUCUCUUCUUGCCGAACCACGUGGACGCAUACUGUGCGAAUCUUUAUUAAUUAAUUCUUCAUUAAUUAUUAAGAAACUUGUAUAACAGUAAAGUUUUUUAUUCAGUUCAAUUCGCUCUACCUACAUACGAAAGAUGGCACGGUAAUUAUCAGAUAGCCUGUAUAUACAUAUAUAAAUUUAAAAAAAACUAUAUAUAUAUAUAUAUAUAUAUAUAUAUAUAUAUACAUACAUAUAUACAUACAUAUAUAUACAGGGUGUCCCAUGACUCGAAGUCCGUAUAUUAAAGGCGUUGUUGAAGUCAUUUAGAGUUGAAAUUGUUUAAUAAACAUGUCCGUAAAUGUUUUUUAACAGAACUACAACCAUUGAAAGUUGAUGUGACUAUUUGAAACAUUUGGCAAGAUUUUGCACUGAAUCUGCAGGAGAUAAUUUUGAACAGAAUUUGUAAUACAUUUGUAAACAAACAAGUUAAAUUAAAUGUCUUUUCUUUCCUUUUUCAAAUAUGUACAUCAACUUUCAACGUUCUGUUAGGAAGCAUUUACGGACAUAUGUUUAUUAAACAAUUCCAACUCUAAAUGACUUCAAUAAUACAUCCUUAAUGUAUAAACUUCGAGCUCGAGUCAUGGGACACUCUAUAUAUGUAUGUACAUACAUAUAUAUAAAAUUAUAUAUAAAAUGUCAAUUUACAAUUAUAGAUUUAAUGUCAAUUUAUAAUUAUACAUUUAUAAUUAUAUUUAUAUAUAAUCGUGAUAUAUCUUGAGAUACUCGAUGAGAAUUUAACAAGUAAGAACAUUCUUAAUAUAGCUUUCUUAAAGUAGUUUUCGGCAUUGCACUCUCAAGUACGUCAGUCAUAAACCAGAAUUUCGUAUAUACAAAAAAGUUUUGAGGGAUGCCAAAUUCUAUCAGAAAACGCAACAUCUAUAUCCACAUUUGUGGAUCCACAUUUGUGUCAGAUAUAAAUAUAAUUUAUUUUGUUUAAUUUUUACAACUUAAAAUACACAUAUAUAUUGACUAUAUAAGCGUUAUGUAACGAUAAAAUUAAGUCUAAGAUAUAUGGCUUCUCCAUAACAUUAUAUUAUGUAUGCAUAUAUAUGUGUACGCCUAAAGAAAGUAAUUAUUUUUAUCUAUUAUUUUACAUUUUAUUUAUAUACAGCUGUAUAAUCAAUACAACCGUUUUCUUCUUAACAUGAGACAUAAAACGUCGAGCAUGUGCUUUAAUUACGUGUGUAGCAUCAUGGCAAUAGUGGCAAUGAAUCUAUCUCCUUAAGCAACUUAAAUAUAUAAAAAAUAUAUCGUAAAUAUUUCUUUUA